GGCAUUAUGUUUGUCACGAGUUGGUUGUGGUUGCUUAUGAGUGCUUUAAUAUAAAGUGUCUUUAUUAAUUGUGAAUAUAUUAAUGAAUAUAUUAUUAUCAUGGAUGUGGAUUUGCUUAGACCAGGCACUGUACCGAUUUCGCCGGAUACAAUACUGUGGUUCGAAUUUUUAUUGAAUCCUUCCUUACUGCAAAAACAUUUGUCAAAACCCUUUCCAGAUCCAUCGCCUACAGACCUAAUAAUUAAAUUUAUGACAAUCAAUUCUGAUCAAAAGGAGGCAGAAACCAAAGCAAUUGAUACAGAAACAAAUGAUGUAAAACCUAAUGGUUUAACUAAAUGGUCUCACAGAAAUUUAGCAUUGAAAAUACUUUCCUUGAAAGUAGCAGCAUAUCUCAAAUGGGACUUGGAUGUAUUGGAAAAGAAGCUACCUCUACCGAUACAAUUGACAUUGCUACAAGAUUUAUUUUAUAUUACUGGGGAAGUUGUGGUGGAGAUACCUACAAUUCCAGAAUUCUUUAUAGAAACGACUUCUGAUCAACUUCUGUUUACCUUGGUCUUGUAUCACAGAUGGCUUUUAAGAGCGAUUAUUUGUAGAGCUCUGAGUAGUAAACAACCCAAACAGCAAUUGCUUCAUAUACCAGGUACUCAAGAGUCGACUUAUGUACCUCUGAAUGUAGUAGAUGAUAUUAUUAGGAAAUUAGAAGCACAAAUACCAAACAGUGUAAGUGUUCUAAACACUAUUUUACAAAUGCCUGAUAUAAAGCCAAAGGUUCUCUCCUUUGAUACUUUUCAAAUGUUGACUGAGGACAGUACAGAAAUCAAGCAAAAUUGGGAAAAUAUGUACCUGGUGAAUAUAGAUGAAUUUAAAUGUCAGAUACAUUAUGAUCUUGCAAUGUUUCAUUUACUGAGAGAAGAAUAUCAAGAGGCAAAAUGUCAUAUUAAACAAGCGAAGGACUUAUAUAAUACUUUAGAGUCCAAAGAAAAAUUGAUAUACUGUAAAGUGCAAAAGGAAUAUUUAGCUGGCUGUUGUCUGGCAUGUGAAGUGCCGUUAGAAGAAAUUACACCUAGUCUUACACAACGUUUGCAAUCGUCUAUCAAAGAUCAAUAUACUAAUAUAUUGCAGAUUUUGCAAGCAGAUAAUGUUUUUAGGGAGAUACCACAGGUUUAUAGAGAUAAUUUGGAACUGGACGUACAAGGUGGAUCAGUUAACAGGAAAUUUGUAGUUGCUCGGGAUCUUUUACUGCAAAUACAGUGUUUGAAUCUAAUUAGGAAAAUCCUUGACGACAAUAUAAUCCUGGGCGAUUAUGUAGCUGAAAUUAAGGCAGCUGGUAUAAAGGGUCUGGAUGUUUUAUUCUGGGCUUUAGACAAUGUUCUGGAAAAAGCAACGGCUACGGAUAAAACAAGAAUUUCACGAUAUCUUCUUUAUCUUAUAAAUACUGCUAAUAUAGAAGGGCUUGCUUCAAGAAUACUUGAUAAUCCUUUUUGUUCGUCAUUAUUCAGUGAAAUGGAACUUGCUGUUUUCCAAGAGAUAGCUGCUGCUGGCGAAAUAGAGUUACCAAACUUAUUAUUAUAUAAUGAUUGGGGUAUACCACCUAUAUUGUACAUACAAAGCACGAGGAUUGAAGUAUCUGAAUUAGAACAAAAGUUAAUAGAAUCAUAUGAUUCUCACGCAAUCCGCGAAACAUUGAUCCAUCUGGAUGGAAAACGGCGUAUAAAACCAUUGUGGCAUUUAAACAGCUGCUGGGAGUUACCCGUUCCUUUGCAAAGCAUAGUAAUGUCGCUUUCCAGAGGUUUUAUGCAAGAUUACUCGUACGUUCUGCUUGCAAAGAGUCGAGAAUUGGUGAGUUCGAAAAAUUUUGACGGUGCUAUCGAGCUCCUCAAAGUAUUGGAUAAAGAGCUACAGGAACAUAUGAAAAGUGGUGGUUCGCUAAUCUUCAAACUAUGCAAGCUAGUGAGCUGGGAAUGUCUGCUUGUCGAGAUAUGGAAGUGUUGUUAUGUUUGGCCAGCGACAAAUGUCUGUGAUAUACAAAGUAUGAUUGCACGAAGUAAACAGUGCCUUGAUGCGUUACAAGCAUCCGAUCAGCUGCUCCCACGGCAAGAGAUAAUAGAAUACUGUACGGUCUUUCUUCUAAAUAUGGCUGAAUGGGAUUAUCUUACUAAUUUGGAAAAGCGUUGGAAUUAUACUGAAUUCGCAGCUACUAUUAGCAGCGUUUGCCAAGACAUUGUUAAGUAUAAGGGCACCCGUAAAUUUCCGCGAGAAGCAUGGGAUUUGGUUUUAGCAGCAUUUGGUCCCAACAGAGAUCAGUCACAGAAACGCAGUAGCAGCAGCAGCAGCAGUAGCAACAGUAACAGCGGAAAUUCUAGCGGUGGUGCGUCAAAAGAGAUUGCUGCUAAUAUCGCUGUUUCACUUGGUCGCUUACGAGAACCUAUGGUUCUCACUGUGGUGAUAUCAUUGCUGGCACGUUUACGCAACGUUUUGCGUGAUGAGUCGAGUCUGGAAUUACACACGCAGUAUUUGUCUCUUUGGCCUGCUGGAGUACCAAACGCAAAUUCAUACAACAUCAGAUACAUUGGAGAACUUUUAUUCCAACUACUGACGCAAGCUCUGAAAUAUUAUCCAUGUAAUGUACCUUGGUUGAGACUAAUGGGCGAUCUUAAUUUCGUCCUAGCAUAUUACGAAAGUGCAAUGAAGUAUUAUUUGGAGGCCAUCAUGGUAGCCAGCGAUCUGUUCAGUCAGCCCAUACCACGCACACAGAUAGAUGAUCUUGUUUACAGAAGGAUGAUCAAGUGCUGCGCUCAUUUACAGUGCUAUACCCAAGCAGCUGUACUGUGUCAAUUUUUAGAGGAAGUGGAUUAUUCUCUAGCGUUCAAAAUGGCAGCCAGCGAUCAGAAGAGUUGUUCCACCGCUGACGCUAUGGACGCAUAUUAUCAUUGCAUCUGGGAUACAACAAUACUCGAAUAUCUCAUUCAUCUACAUAUGAAACGCGGGGAACAUCAUAGGAAACAACUUGCGAUCAAAGUCAUUGGCUUAUUGGAAUUGAAUUCUAAUAACAACGAAGAAAUUCAAAGAGAAGCGGCCAAUAUCCGAAAAGCAAAAUUUCUGAGAGCAUUAGCAAAGCAGUAUGUUUAUUGAAAGCUUGACUGAUCGUUUUUUUAUGUAUCUUUAUAUACAAUGACGAGGGAUAAAAAUAUGACUACACUGCAAUACGUACAUCUAAUGUUGUUUAUGUAUUUGUAUGUGUAAAUGUAUGCUAUUUAUAAGAUAAUGUAAAAUAAAGAUUGCAUGGUUUAAUAU